AUGGCAGAUGGUGAAUAUAGUUUUUCUUUAACAACUUUUAGUCCAACAGGAAAAUUAGUACAAAUUGAAUAUGCUCUUAAUAGAGUAUCUAGCAGUUCGCCAGCUUUAGGUAUUAGAGCCAAGAAUGGUGUGAUAAUUGCUACCGAAAAGAAAAGUCCAAAUGAAUUAAUAGAAGAAAAUACCAUAUUCAAAAUACAACAAAUAAGUGAACAUAUAGGUAUUGUAUAUGCAGGAAUGCCUGGAGAUUUCCGUGUAUUAUUAAAAAGGGCAAGAAAAGAAGCCAUAAGAUAUUCUUUACAAUAUGGAAGUGAAAUAUUAGUAAAAGAAUUAGUAAAAAUAAUUGCAUCAAUAGUUCAAGAAUUUACACAAACAGGUGGGGUAAGACCAUUUGGUUUAUCUUUAUUAAUAUGUGGGGUUGAUGUAUAUGGAUACCAUUUAUAUCAAAUCGAUCCUUCUGGAUGUUAUUUUAAUUGGAUGGCUACAUGUGUAGGAAAAGAUUAUCAAAACAAUAUGUCCUUUUUAGAAAAAAGAUAUAAUAAAGACAUCGAAAUAGAAGAUGCAAUUCAUACAGCUAUUUUAACUUUAAAAGAAAGUUAUGAAGGAGUACUGAAUGAAAAAAAUAUUGAAAUUGGUGUAGCCUAUGAUAAUAAACCAUUCAAGAUUUUAACACAAAAUGAAAUUAAAGAUUAUUUAAUAGAAAUAGAAUAA